UCUUUUACUUCCAAGUUUUCCAAAGUCGACAACUCUCUUUGUCAAGAUCAAAGUACUAAUUGUAGUUUUCAACCGGAGCGUAAUUAUCUCUACUAAGGUGAAACUGGGUCAAAUGUCGGUACUUGGUUUCAGGUGAAACUAGACAACAUGAUCUGAUUAGGUUAAAAACUUCUAUAGUUUUUAACCACGACGAUAAAGUCAAAAUGCUGAUUAUAUCUGAAUGCCUUUCAGUUCGUAACUUCACCUGUUGAUAAUAGGAGAAAAAAAACUGGAUAGCUUUCUUUUUGUUCAGUUCCUGUUGCAUGUUUCGCAAAACGAUAUCCUUUGCAAUAAUCACAUUUGAAGUCUGCAUUUAUCUCCAGAGGACGAAACGUGACCUUUCUGCUAACAGGCAUGCCCACAGCUCACACGGUGGGGUUUUACUUCGUGAUCUAUCUAUCUAUCUAUCUAUCUAUCUAUCUAUCUAUCUAUCUAUCUAUCUAUCUAUUGACGAUAAGCGAGUGGAAACCUGAACGUACUUUUGCACUAAUUUUUCAGAAAGGCGUAAAAAAAACCUUUAAUAUUUUCUUGUCUAGUUUAGUUUCGAUGAUAAAAGCUUAACACCUGUCUCCUGAAUAAGAAGUAGAAACAGUCGUUAAUAUCAGCAAAAAAUUCGCACGUUCACCUCCAUAUUAUAACGUUACUUUGAAUUUACAAAUUAUGCAAACAGGAAAAUCAACUGACCUUUGUUGCUUCUAAGACAUGAGCAUUGGCUGAUCGGUUUUAAAGUAUAAGCAACUUCUAAUUACGUUACAAAACGUUGUGCCGAUGUAUGCAUAAAGUUAAAGGGGCUUUUAGCUUGAAAACGUUUUCACUUUAAGAAUCUAAUCUGUAACAAGAGAAGACAUACAUCCCAGGUUGUGCGUUUUCGUUAUGAUUGAAAGUAGGCAACAUAAUCCUGUUUUCCCCAGGUGGUUCACUGACCUAUCUCCUCAUCUAUACCGACAGUAGCAGCCACCCACACUGCUCCUCAAACCUGGCAAUAUGUUACAAGAUACAAACGUAACGUCGUCAAUUCUUUCUCCCGUAUUCAGCCAUGAGGUUCGAAGGGUCCUCGUUUUGCUUAACUUCGGCGUGCUGAGUGCAGUGGUUGGACUUUUCGGCAUUGUUACCAAUAUCAUCAACAUCGUUGUUUUUAUCAAACAAGGCUUCUCAGACACGGUGAACAUCAGCUUCUUGAGUCUGGCGAUCGCUGACCUGGGAGCCCUCCUUCCUUUACCAUGGAUGGCUAUUAGCGUCAAUCCGUGGUUUCUUCAGGCUGAUCUUCCGUUCAACCCGAGUGAGACAAUCAGCCUGACAGGAGGUCACCCGCACGUCUGCUUCACCCGCAUUACAGGAUGGAUAACCGCGUUUGUGGCCUUUGAGCGAUGUCUCUGUAUUGCUAUCCCCUUGAAAGUGAAACGCAUCAUCACCCGGAGGGUGGUCAUUGCGGUCAACGUCACUAUCUUUAUCUGCGCGUUUCUCAGCAUGCUACCCGUGUACACCACGUCCUACCAUGGCUGGAAGUAUUUUCCGGAAAUGAACAAAACUCUGUUGGGCAUUCUGUACACAGACAACAUGAACGAGGUUCAGGGCAUCUCUCUCUUCAUCACAGAUUUAACUGCUCCAUUUUGCGUGUUCACCAUGGUCCUGCUAUGCACAGUGAUAAUCAGGGUUAAGCUAGUGCAGAAGGUCAAAUGGAGACAGACAGCUUCCGGCGUGGCCACAUCCAAAGGGGAGCUCCCGACCAAAGAGAAGAAGGUGGUUGUCAUGGUAACCACCAUCUCAGCGAUCUUCAUCGUCUGUUUCACCCCGGUGCCUUUGCUUAUGACGGCCAGGUGUAUUGAGCCCGAGCUGAGCGUCAUCGGACGCUACGCCAAUAUGAACUGGGUGCUCUUCUCAACCGCUUUCGUCAUUGAAAGCCUCAAUUCCAGCGUCAACAUCUUUGUCUACUACAGGAUGAGCUCAAAGUACAAGGAAGCCUUCAAUGAGGUCUUCAAACGGGGAACUAAAACAUAACUUGGAGAUAAUGUGAAGCUGGGUCCUUCGAUCAAACUAAUAUCGCCUUUGUUAUACCUUUUGAUAUGACAGAAAAGUCCUGAAAGCGCUUAUAAUGGGGAGUACUGCGUUCUGUUAUUACAAUCAUAUUAAACUUCAUUCUUCGAAUGAUGGAUGUGCUUUUAUUUUAAGUAUAUUAUCAAGAAUUCAUAUCAGAACGAAAGCCAUAUCAUUGCUUAUCACAAGUUUAAAUUAAAGAGAACAUUCGACUAGCUUGAUUAAGACCUGGAACCUGAAUGGAAUGGAAGUUAUAAGUGACCAAGCAGCCUCUUCAAUAUUACUGUUUCUGUCUAUUUACAUGGGUUAACAUUUAUGAGGAAGAUUUUACGAAUACCUUAUAGUUACUAUUUGUUACAACAUUAUCCUUUUGGGUCGAUUAUAAUGCAAAAUCUUACCACAUUUUGUGCUCUAAAAACUCGGUUUUGCUCUAAGCAUCGAGUCAUCCUUCAAAUAUUGUGCCCUACCGCAUGUAUGAAUAUUAAGAAAAGAAAAUUGAGGUCACCCUAUAACAUGUUCAGGUGAUGUUGUCAUCUCGGCAAACAGGAACUUACAAGAUAAUGUUGAGAAGACUGAUUGAUUACUUACAAUAAACACUUACAUGUGGUUAAAAGCUUUUCUAUUUUCUUGACUUAUUACUGCAGUAUGCAUGUCUGUUCCCCAAGGUCUUUCAUUGC